AUGUCAGGAAUCGUCGAAAAGCUGACUGCCGAAGGGAGCGGUGAAUCAGCAGAGUUCUUAAACGACAUCGUGAAGGAGUUAUGGCCCAACAUCAAUGCGGCCGGCAGCAAAAUGGUCAAGGAGAUCGUGGAGCCCAUGUUCAAGACUAUGCUUCCUGGCCCACUGGCCACGCUGCACUUCACCAAGAUCGAUCUCGGGCCUGUACCUCUGCGGCUAUCAAACGCAAAGACAACAAAGAGUGAAUUAGAUGGCAUCAAACUCGACCUGAACGUUGACUGGGUGGGCAAAGCCGACAUCGAACUGGAUGCAGACAUGAUACCCGCCCUGGGCGUCGAAAGCGUGCAGCUUCAUGGCCGGCUUUCCAUAUUGCUAUGCCCUCUAACAAACGUCAUCCCGCUGAUCGGAGCCGCCCAGAUAUCAUUCAUCAACCCACCAGUCCUGAAGCUUGAUUUCACUGGCGCUGCUAACGUGGCUGAUUUCUCGGUCAUUGACGACACCGUCCGCAAGGUGAUUCUUGGCAUUAUCAACUCCAUGUUCACCCUUCCCAACCGAUUCCUGCUCAAGCUUGACGCCAACGCCGACUACUUCAAAACCUACCAUUACCCGCUUGGCAUGGUGCGAGUGACGGUGGAGAAGGCAUGGGGCUUUGGAGAGGAGGCUAAGUCAUCCACGAGAAAGUUGUUCAACAAGUUAACUCGCGCCGCUCCAGACUGCUAUGCCAAGGUCGACGUCGGUGGAGAGGAAUCGUGGAAGACAACCACGAAGAACAACACGAACAGGCCGACGUGGAACGAGACGCAUGACUUUGUGGUGAGUGAUUUCGAUCAGUGCAUUAAAGUGGACGUCGAAGAUGAAGAUGUCAACGGAGAUGAUGAAGUCGGCCUUGCGGUGACAACGGUUCGAGAGAUUUUGGUGGCUGGAGGUAGCCAAGAACUGCCAUUGGUUCACAAAGGCGAGGAAACGGAAGGCAGAGUAUCGAUCUCAUGCCAAUUCUUCAAGUACGUGGCCGAUGCCGGCAGCCUCACUGCUUCCGACCACAAAGGCGAUGGUCGCCUCUCCGGCAUCGCUACCAUCCUAGUCGCAAGUGCAUUCGACAUCAAGGGCCAGCGCGAAGACCUGAAGCCAAGCGUAGUAGUGACUUGGGGCAAGACUCAACGAUUCCAGACCGCCAUCAAGACUGAUGCUCCCGGUACCGACAUCAGCAAUCCUGCAUUCGACCAGGCGUUCCGGCUGCCCAUUACAACAGAUUUGGUGGGGAGCAGUCCGGACAAGUUCCGUAUUGCGCUUCUGGACGGCGAGAAAGAGAUCGGAGGCGUUGAUAUACCUUUUGCGAGUGUGGCGGAUGCACCGGAUAAGAUCCUUCAGCAGAAAUUUGACGUUGGGAAUGGAACCACUGUCAGAGCCAGCAUUUGCCUGAGAGGCAUUGUUCCUGGAGAAAUGCCCCAGGUAGCGCUUCCCGACAGACGUAAGUAG